AUGGAGAUGGUCUUAUUUGUACCAUGCGAUUCUGGUGAACGAGAUCCUGAAUCACAAGCUGUCUUUAAAAGAGUUGAAUACUACUCCGUUGGAGGAAAAAUUGUACCUAAUUGCUAUGCCAGUGUUAUAAGACCAAAAAUGUUAGUCGCGACCUCAACUCAUUUGAUCAUUAAAGAUUCAGAUUCAAAUAAAUGCCCCUUAAAAGUAUCUUUCGUAGGAUCUCCACAGGGAAAAAUAUCUGCUAUUGAGAAUACUGAAGAUUCAGUAAUGGAAAUAACUAUGACCGAUUAUGUCUUCGGUCUAGAUCACAAUUACAUAAUUAAUACAGCUUUCUCACAUACUAAUCCACGAUUUGAACAUCUUAAAUCGGCCACCAACUUACAGGAAUCUGUUAUAUUUGUAGUUGGACAAAUGGAAGUUAUAGAUGGAAUGUUCUACGUUAAUGCGAAAGAUAUUAAUUAUGUUAAUGUCAAAAAAAGAAGUUCUGACGCAGAUUCUUCUCAGACUCCAUCAGCUUCAACUAAUUCUAUGAGAUCGAAACUCUUUAAUAUCCACCAAAAUAUGACUAAAAAUUUGAAAGAUGAACAAUUACCAAACACAAGCAAUACUGAAAGUGGACCCUUCGCAAAAUGCAAAAGAACUGAAGAUUCACCAGAACUGGAAAAUGUCAACUCUACCGUUGAUUGUGAACCUGAAGCGAGCAAUAGUUCAACCAAAAACACCAAACCACGAAAAAAUCAAAAAACUCCUGUUCACAGUCAAAGAAAGGGUAAAGGACAGACGAUACAAAAUGUUGAAACUCCUCAAAGUUUGGACCAAGAAAUCAUUGAUUCUGAUGAAAAAUAA